GUGACGUCACGCGACCGACCGAGUGACGUAGCAGCUCGGUGUCACUCAGCGUCACAAACAAGCCAUGCGCGGUCCCGCUUCGCUCGAGCUCUUUGUCCUCGUCUGACUUCUCUGCUGGGAUGUGCUGUGAUUGAAGGAGCUGCCCUGCUGUUACACACUCACACACUCGUCGUGGGAUCACACACACACACACACACACACACUGGUCUCAGGAUGCUGGCUCUCCUGUUGUGUGCUGCGCUGGCUGUUCACGCUGACGCUCUUGAGGUCCGUGUCCCAGAAUCCCCUGCGGUGGCUCUGUUCGGGACGGACGCCGUCCUCAACUGCUCUUUCUCAGGCGUCUCAGAGUUUAACCUGUCUGAGCUGAGUGUGUUCUGGCAGCUCUCGGACACCAAGCGUGCCGUUCACAGCUUCUGGCAGAGCCGCGAUCAGCUGAGCGAUCAGGAGGAGCGCUUCUCCAACCGCACCAGCCUGUUCCCAGACCAGCUUCCGGCCGGGAACGCCUCGCUGCUGCUGAGGAGAGUGCGUGUGGCCGAUGAGGGCAGCUACUCGUGUUUCGUCAUGGUUCAGACGUACGGCAGCGGAGCCAUGCUGAUGCAGGUCGCAGCGCCGUUCUCCAAGCCGCUGGUCACCUGGGGCCCAGAGUCGGCCCUGAAGCCGGGUGAUGUGGUGGCCCUCAGCUGCGUGGCGUACGGAGGUUAUCCUGAGGCAGAGGUGCUGUGGCAGGACGGGGCCGGACGCAACCUGACGGACAACGUUACCAUCUCACAGGUGGCCAACGAGGAGGGUCUGUUCAGUGUGAAGAGCGUCCUGACGGUGAUCCUGGAGCCCAGCAGCACGUACAGCUGCAGACUGAUGCACCCGCUGCUGGGGGAGGAAGGACAGGCGUCGGUCACCAUCAGCGCUCAGGGUCUGGUGUUUCCUCCGCUGGCGCUGUGGCUGACCGUGGCUCUGGCCGUGUGUUUGCUGGCUCUGCUGGUGGCUCUGGCCGCCGUCUGCCGCAGGAAGAUCAGAGAGAGCUGUGAGGAGAUGAGAGCCGAGGAAGAAGCCAAAGAACUCGAGGAAGCCAAAGAAUUAGAAGAAGCCAAAUCAGCUGCAACACCUCUAAAGAGCUAAAGUUGGAGACCACAGCGGCGCUUGAGCAGUCCGGCCCUAAUUAAAGCGUUCCGGUCCACGGCACGCCAGACAAGAUGCCAACCAGAGGCUAUUUCAUUUCCUCCGGUCUGUUUAGACUGUGAUUACAGCUGUUCACAAUGGGCAAGAAAAGAAAACAGCAAUAAGAAGAGUGGCGUCUGAAGGAGGGUUAUGGAGAUACUGUGGCUCUAUAUGGGCUCAGGACACUGUAUUUGAUCCUGUCCUACACACAACAGUAAUGAGGAUGGAGUGGCAUGAGCAAAUAAUGACAGAAUUUUAAUUUUGAACUUUUACGCUAAGACUGAUGGAACCGAACGGGGAAAAAUCAGUGUCAUGGGUCGUCUUCUCUUGAAAAUCUGAACUUAUGCACUCUCAGAAAAAAAGGUACAAAAG